CCACCCACCGGAUGUGACGUCAGUGUUCGACCUUCCCUGUAGUUCGAGUCACGUCUGACUGAUGAUAUCUCGGAGGCUGCACGGUGAACUUCUUUCUGACUGGAGAGUAACAUGCAGAGGCUUAUCGUUUGACUGCUGUCGCCAUAAAGGGUACUGCCAGAGCAAACCAAGGGAACAAUGGUGAAGUAUUUCUGCUGCACAGGGUUGCUCAAAAGCACUUGUGCUUUCUGGCAACGGUAUCCCAACCCUUAUAGUAACCAUGUUUUGACUGAGGACAUCAUUUACCGAGAGGUUACACCAACCAACUGCCUCAAAUCCAGACGACUGUUGACCAAAACGAACCGAGCGCCCCGCUGGAUGGAGCGGUACCUUCCAAAAAACAUGGCCAGAUCGGCGUACAUCGUUGAGGACUCUAUUGUGGACCCUCAGAAAAGGACCAUGACCACGCUCACAUGGAACAUCAGCCACGCUCGCUUCAUGUCUGUGGAAGAGCGGUGCGAGUACCAAAUAAAUCCUGACAAUGGCAGCUGGACAGGGAUAAAAAGAGAAGCUUGGAUCUCUUCCAACAUCUACGGGCUCUCUAGAGCUAUUCAGGAAUUUGGUCUUGCAAGGUUCAAGACCAGUGUUACAAAGACCAUGAAAGGCUUUGAAUAUGUGCUGGCCAAAAUGCAAGGUGAAACUCCAUCAAGAACCUUAGCAGAAACUGCUACGGAGCGAGCAAGAGAGACGGCGCUGGCAGCUAAGGAGAAAGCCAAAGACCUCGCCUCACAGGCCCAGAAGAAACAAUAUGUGUGAUGAGCUGCAUAGAUCAUCGGUUCUUUAGCCACUGAUAAUAGGACCGAUUUAUCUUUAACCCCACCUCUCUUUGCUAAAUUUAGCUUUUGGGUAAGAAAAAUCCUGUCAUGUGUAGACGCCUCUGUGAGGAAUCCAUGUACUGAAAUGGUGGUCGGACCAUAAAAGGACUGAGCUGGGUUCAAGCGGCUGUACCAGCCUCCUGGAAUAUAUUCUUCCUUUUCAUUAGUUGUAACGAUAAAGCACGGUAUUUACAUUGACGUACCGUUUACAUUUGCUUAUCAACAGUAUUGGAAAAAAAACAGACAUAAGUGAGAGAGUGUGAGUUAAAGGUACUGGAAGGAGCAGUGUGGCCCCGCUGUCGUGUACCUACGAUAUAUGUUUAUUGUUAAUAACUAUAGGAUAUUAUAUUAAAAGCUCACAGCCGAUGUUUUUUUCAUUUUGUAGUAACCAUUUAACAUGCUACAUCGCUAACAUGGAAACUAACAUACUGUCUAUUAUCAGGUUUACAAUUCUGUUCUCCUUCCUUUAAGGGUCAUUGUAAAUUAUAUUGACAAUAAUAAAAAAUAGGGAAAUACUGUGAUACUUUCUGAGAAGGUUAUCGUUCCGGGAAAAUCUCAUGCCGUUACAACCCUACAUUUGAUACCAUAUCAUCUCAGCAUUAAAAAUAGAUAAGGAUCUUAAAGGAAUGGUUGAAUAUGGCUCUGGGUGCCAUAAAGUAAUCAUAGCACUUAGCCAACCUUGAUACUGUUGCUCAGACCUUUGUUCAACCUUUGUGCCCAUCAACGCUGUUUACUUUUUACUCUUUUCCUUUCACUAUUCCUUCAUGUCAUUUCAUAAUGGUUUUGCAUUAUCAACAGCUUGUUCUUCAGAGGCUAAGAUCAUCAUACUAUGAAAUAUCUGAUUAAUGCAAAUUCAUGUGUUUUUAUUUACCAAAUUUGUAUGUUUUGUCACAAUCAUGUUGUCUUUUAGUUAAGUUCACCGAAAUCAAACCUUAAUCCUCCUACCAAGACUGAUUGCUUCAAGUUGAAGUGCAUUGACUGAAGAAGGGUCCGUACUGUUGGCAGUAAGGACCCCCUCAGUGUCUUUACCUGAAUUUAAAAUGUGUGUGCAAAGGCAAAAAUGAUACCUUGUAUUGUACAUUCAUCUUAGGUCUGAUGACACAACCCAUGAUUAAAUAUGCUCUUACUGCAUUGAUUAAAUAUAUUGUCAAUAAAUGGACAUUUAAUUU